CACAAAGUUGAUGCUAACGGCGGGUUUGUGUGUUGGUUUGAGAGUAAGUCCGCUUCACAGCGGCGCGUUUCCUCCCACAGACUUCACUAGCAUGACUCGGGUUUGUGUAUGAGAAACCCAGAAAAUCACCAUGAAUCUCGACAGACUUCGGAAGCGUGUGCGACACUACAUAGAUCAGCAACAGUAUCAAAGUGCUCUAUUCUGGGCUGAUAAGGUAGCAUCUUUAUCUCAUGAGGAUCCUCAAGACAUUUAUUGGUUAGCACAGUGCCUUUAUCUUACGUCGCAGUACCACAGAGCCUCUCAUGCUCUAAGGUCCCGCAAACUUGACAAGCUAUAUGGAGCCUGUCAAUAUCUUGCUGCAAGGUGCCAUUAUGCUGCCAAAGAGUACCAGCAGGCCCUUGAUAUUCUGGACACGGAAGAACCAGCGAGUAAAAAGUUAUUGGACAAAGGUCCAAAAGAGGACAAUGGCACAAGAGAAACAACCAAAGAAUGGGAAAUGUCCCCAGCUUCAAUCAGCAGUUCUAUCUGCCUCCUGCGGGGAAAAAUCUAUGAUGCCAUGGACAACAGACCUCUAGCCACGUCCAGCUACAAAGAGGCCUUGAAAUUGGACGUCUACUGCUUUGAAGCCUUUGACCUUUUAACAUCCCAUCACAUGCUGACUGCCCAAGAGGAAAGAGAUUUCUUAGAUUCCCUUCCCUUAGGCCAGCAAUGUACUGAAGAGGAAGAGGAAUUACUACACUUUCUUUAUGAAAACAAGUUGAAGAAGUAUAACAAACCGAGUGAGAUGGUCGUACCUGAUAUGGUCAAUGGUCUUCAGGACAAUUUGGAUGUAGUCGUCUCUCUUGCAGAACGACAUUAUUACAACUGUGAUUUUAAGAUGUGCUACGCUCUUACAUCAAUGGUAAUGGUGAAAGACCCAUUCCAUGCUAAUUGUUUACCAGUGCACAUAGGAACCCUGGUGGAGCUGAGCAAAGCAAAUGAAUUGUUCUACCUAUCUCAUAAGUUGGUGGAUCUAUACCCAAAUAACCCAGUGUCAUGGUUUGCUGUUGGAUGUUACUACCUAAUGGUAGGGCAUAAAAAUGAGCAUGCACGGCGGUAUCUUAGUAAAGCCACCACACUGGAGCGCACAUAUGGACCAGCAUGGAUUGCAUACGGCCAUUCGUUUGCUGUGGAGAGUGAGCACGAUCAAGCCAUGGCAGCCUACUUCACUGCUGCCCAGCUAAUGAAAGGGUGUCAUUUACCCAUGCUGUAUAUUGGUUUGGAGUAUGGACUCACCAACAACCCAAAGCUGGCAGAGCGGUUUUUCAGCCAAGCUCUGAGCAUUGCUCCAGAAGACCCCUUCGUCAUCCACGAGGUAGCUGUGGUGGCCUUCCAGAAUGGCGACUGGAAGACGGCAGAGAAGUUGUUUCUAGAUGCAAUGGAGAAGAUCAAAGCCAUUGGCAAUGAGGUAACAGUGGACAAAUGGGAGCCACUCUUGAACAAUCUGGGUCAUGUGUGUCGAAAACUGAAAAAGUAUGAGCAGGCACUGGAGUACCAUCGGCAGGCCCUGGUCCUCGUUCCUCAGCAUGCCUCCACCUACUCAGCUAUCGGCUAUGUGCACAGCCUCAUGGGAGACUUUGAAAGUGCCAUCGACUACUUUCACACUGCACUUGGUCUAAAAAGGGAUGACACAUUUUCUGUUACUAUGCUCGGCAACUGCAUUGAGAUGUAUAUUGGUGACUCUGAUGCUUAUAUAGGGACAGACAUCAAGGAUAAAGUGAAGAUGAUCCCCAGCACGACAGCUCUAAAGAAGAUACUCGGCACGUCAGCUGACGCCAGCGACAGCCAGACCCAGCCUCUGGAGGAGAGCAGCGUUAUGGCCCUGGAGACGCCGCCUGCCGACGCCUUCCAGCGCUUCCUCUUAGAAUGUGACAUGCAUGAGAAUGACAUGAUGCUAGAGACCUCCAUGUCGGACACCAGCACGUGAUGGUGGCAACUGUGCGUGCUAGAGAGAAAUAGAUACUGACAUUUAUAAAGGACUGAGUAAAAAAAUGCGAGUGCUCCGAGGAAGACCUCACAUGCUGCACUCCUCCCUCAAAAUCUACAACGAUGUUCGUGUUGCAGCCCUGGUGAAUUUUUAUUAUGAAUAAAUGUAUUGAGAUAAAUGCAAAGGCGUUUUAAAAUGAAAAAAAGGAAUCCAGGCAAUAAACCCUGUAUCAGUA